AUGGCUAAGGCACAAAUCGGACAAACAGACUGUACGGAUUCUUCUGACUGCGUGACCCUUAUAUCCGCGGUGUGCGACACAAUCGUAACUCAGAAAUGCGUGUGCGUCACCUCCCAGGGAUUCACGGCGAAUGCUAAUAAUGACGGAUGCGACUACGAUUGCAGGGCGCUAAGCGCACCGAACAAUGGUGCCGUUUCAUACACAUCCACGAUACAAGACUCCGUUGCUACGUAUAGUUGUCUCGCUGGAUUCCAAAUAGAUGGUGUGACAAGAAGAACUUGUUCUGCAGUGACGCCCAAAGGAUGGUCUGGUGUAGCACCCUCUUGUAUUGCAGAGGUGGACGCCUGUGAAGGAAUCAAUUGUGCAAACGGUGGUACGUGUGUCAGUUCGGCGGGUACCUACACAUGCGAAUGCGCAGAUGGGUUCAAAGGGACGUUUUGCCAAUCUGACAAGGACGACUGCGUGGGUCACAAUUGCCUGAAUCAGGGCAUCUGCUUGGACGACGUCGGUGGAUACAAAUGCUUUUGUUUGCCGGGCUACGAGGGGCAGUUCUGUCAAGAAAAUGUCAACGAAUGUUUGUCCAACCCGUGUAUCAAUGGGGCAUGCGUCGACGAAGAUAACAGGUACACAUGUACCUGCCUGACAGGAUUCACAGGAUCAAACUGUGAGACAAACAUUGACGAAUGCAGCAACACCAUUUGCGGUCAGGGCGUGUGUACGGACCUGGUUAAUGAUUUCUCUUGCGCAUGCAACCCGGGUUAUAUGGGAGCUGACUGCAGCACGGAAAUAGAUGAAUGUUCAUCGCAACCAUGUGUAAACGGAGGAACUUGCGUGGAUUUGGUCAAUCAAUUCAAGUGCAACUGUGCCGCUGGCUACACCGGAAUUCAUUGUGCAGACGAACUCAAUGAGUGUGCUUCGAACCCUUGUAUAAACGGGGGCACGUGCAAUGACCUUAUCAACGAGUUCACGUGCACAUGCGCAACUGGUUUCCAGGGGACCACGUGUCAAACAAAUACAGGUUAUUGUCAUGCCCAGCCGUGUCAAAAUGGCGGCUCGUGUACAGACGGACUUGCAGCAUACACAUGCACAUGCGCAGACGGAUAUGAGGGGACGAAUUGUGAGACAUCAUCUGCAGAUGCCAACCACUGUGACAGCAAUAGAUGUCAAAACAACGCCAUCUGCGAGAAUACAGCCAAUGGGUACUUCUGCCUCUGUGCUGAGGGGUACUUCGGAAAAUACUGUCAAACGAGAUCCAAACACACAGCAUUUGUUUCAACAGAAAUGGCAAUCGCAAUCGGUAUUGGUGUUGUAUGUGCAUUCAUGCUAGGUGCUUGUAUAGGAGCGGUGGCUAUGUACAAACUGAAAACGAGCAAUACAGUCGGAAGUUGGAAGAAAGAUCGGGCCCCACCCGCUAAAGAACCGAAACUGAGAGAGCUACGUAUGCAAAAGAGGGAAAGGGAUACGUUGAGCCCACUAGGGUACUAGCGGCGAACUUGGAACCAACCUUCCUGACGACCGAAGAAAGCAGUGCCGUUACUUCAUAUUCACUCAAAAGGAAGCUUUAAUGAAGUCGACAACUUUUAUUGAUAGUGAAAGUAUGUUGAACAUUCACUGUGUUUUGUGUUUGUUUUAUUUUGUGUAGUUUCUUUAAGUUGUUAUGGUCCUAGGUUGAAAGAAAAGCUAGAUCUUUCAUGAACUCAAAAUAAAUUUAAAUGACAUGUUAGGUCAAUAACUGAUUUUGAAUAA